UGGAUGUGUAGGACGUCACAUGUUGUUUUUCCUCUUCACUCCAGUCACUUAGAGAUAUGUGUUAUUUACUGUUAAACUGCUCCUCGCAGCGAACGCGCAGCUCGCGCUGGGUACGGAACAGUGUGUAACUGGAUUUUCCCCGCGACUCAGAGGAGACACACUGACUGACUCGCUGCACAAGUUGAGGAAAAGUGAGAGUUUUUCUUUACGGCAUUUGAGAAUGGCGAGUCCGCCGCCGACUGCAGGACAGCUGAUUUCAAACAUGACCGUAAACAAUAACAAGCACGUCAGGAAAUGCGGAUAUCUGAGGAAACAGAAGCACGGACACAAGCGCUUUUUCGUGCUGAGGGAGCCGAGCGAGGGCUCUCCUGCCCGGCUGGAGUAUUACGAGAGCGAGAAGAAAUGGAAAAACAAGUCGGCUGCGAAAAGGGUGAUACCUUUGGACUCCUGCCUGAACAUCAACAAGAGAGCCGAUGCCAAACACAAGCACCUGAUCGCCCUGUACACCAAGGACGAGUAUUUCGCCGUGGCUGCCGAAAACGAGCAGGAACAGGAGGAUUGGUACGCGGUCUUAACGGAUGUAAUGAACGAGGGGAAAGUAAGCGACGGCUCCGCAUCUAAUUCGGCGUCAUCUCUCGUCGGGUUUGAUGAGGCGAAUUACGGCGUGACAGCGCCGCCGGUCAGCGCCACUUACAAGGAGGUUUGGCAAGUCAAUUUGAAAUCUAAAGGACUCGGACAGAGCCGCAAUUUAACCGGCGUUUAUAGGCUGUGUUUAACCAGCCGGACCAUCAGCUUCGUGAAACUCAACACGGAGGCGGCGUCGGUUAUUUUGCAGCUCAUGAAUAUACGACGAUGCGGACACUCGGACAGCUUUUUCUUCAUUGAGGUGGGCAGGUCAGCGUCGAUAGGACCCGGCGAGCUGUGGAUGCAGGCGGAUGACUCGGUGGUAGCGCAAAACAUUCACGAGACCAUUCUGGAGGCGAUGAAAGCGAUGAAGGAGAUGUCAGAGUUCCGCCCUCGCAGCAAGAGCCAGUCCUCAGGUACCAACCCCAUCUCUGUGCCCACCAGGCGGCACUUUAACAACCUUCCGCCGAGUCAGACCGGGCUGCAACGGCGCUCGCGCACCGACAGCAUGGCGGCGACGUCUCCUGUGACGAAACUGACGUCCUGUCGGAUACGCACAGCGAGCGAGGGUGAUGGCCCCGUGAUGGGCAGCCCCAUCAGUCCCUGUGUGAACCGGACGCACUUGAGCCGCUCCAACACAGUGACGGCUCGCCCCUGUAGAACAUUUGAGACCUCUUCCCUGCAGCACAGUAAAUCCAUGUGCAUGCCUGUGCCUCACUCCCCUCCAUUAGCUGCCAGCCCUGUUAGCCUGUCCUGCAGCAAUGGCUGUAAUAUAGAAAGCACCCCUCGCCCCUCCAGCUGCACGGCCUCCAUUGCAGGCUCACCCAGCGAUGCUGGCUUCAUUUCUUGUGAUGAAUGUGGCUCCAGCCCGGGAGAUAUACGGCACCUUUUAGCAGCAAACCGAAGCAACACACCUGAGUCCUUCACUGACACGUCCCCCUCACAGGAGGGCAUCAACCUCUAUGGAUACAUGAUUAUGGAGAGGCCCAGCAAUUGUGGGCGGCGAAGCAUCCGAGCAUCAGCAGAGGAGAGCAUAGGAGACUUGGAGAAGGCCUACAGAAGGAGGACGCACUCUCUCACCAUGCCUUACCAGAAGAGGGUGCCAUCACAAGUGUCAUCAGCUUCACUGGAUGAGUACACACUUAUGAGAGCCACUUACACAACUGGAGGCCAUUCAGGGCGCAGCUCACACACUGCAUCCCCAAAGGUCACAUACCCUGAGGAUUAUGGUGACAUUGAAAUUGGUCCGUUAUUGAAAAGUUCCAGAAGUAAUCUGGGCGAUGAUGGCUACAUGCCAAUGACACCAGGUGUGGCUCUGCAAGGGGGGAAGGCUGACAACUACAUGCCAAUGAGCCCAAUGUGUGUUUCAGCCCCGCAGCAGAUCAUCAACCCCAGGACACACUCCCUCACCAUAGCAAAUGGUUACCGAACCAAUUCCCCCAGCAGCUGUUUUGUGGAUGACAGUGGCUACAUGAGGAUGUUGUGUGGCUCAAAAUUCUCCAUCGACAACUCAGAUGGGAAACUGACUAAUGGCGAGUACCUCAACAUGUCUCCUGUAGAUUCGGGCUCUGUCACACCACCAGACUACUACCAGAGCCCCGUAGGUGUGGAGCAGUGCCCCUGUCUCAGACAGCUUCACUCAUUUAACUCUCUGCCCCACUGUCAUAAGCCCCAGCAGACAUUAAAGGAUGAUGACAAUGAUCAGUAUGUUGUCAUGAAUCCUCAGAGUCACAGGAUAAUUGAAGAAUCUGUAACCACUGCAUCCUCCCCUGUCCCAUCUCCUCUGCGACAAAGCCGGACAGAAAGCCUUAUCUACCGGCAUAGGAUCAGUCGGCCCACCCGCCUCUCUUUGGACACACUACGCACGUUACCCAGUAUGAACGAGCACCCCCUCCCCACUGAGCCAAAAAGCCCUGGUGAGUACAUAAACAUAGACUUUGGAUGUGUUGCUGAUAGCUGCUCUCCGCCCUCCACUGCUUCCUCCGAAAGCCCAGCCUCCUCCUUGGGAUCCUCCAGCGGUCAGGAGAUCCCCCUCUCUGAUUACAUGAACAUUGAUGUGAGCUCACAGUUGCCCAAAUCUGGAAACGCCACCCCAUCUGAGCCUUUAGAGGCGCUGCCAGAGCUGACAUCCUGCCCCGCCCACCCUGAUGGAGAAGAGGAGAAAGAGAGGUACCACCUCACAGCACAGGUGGCACCAGCGGGCCCAGCUGGCAAAGCUAAAGACGAUUACACCGACAUGUUGUUCGGCAUGCCCGCUUCUCCUCUGCAGCCUGUGGCUCAGCCUUCAGAAAGUGGGCAGACCAUCAGCCCAUCCUCCUGUGUGCAAAGAUUGACUGUGGAUGAGAGUGUGGGAGUGCCAGCCGUCGAAGCAUUUCUGCUAUGUGGUACCACUCUGGCCUUGGUGGACCCUGACCGGGGCGCCAAGGUGAUUCGCGCGGACCCCCAGGGACGCAGACGACACAGCUCGGAAACAUUCUCCUCCACCACCACCGUCACGCCUGUUUUUCCAUCCUUCGCUCAUGAUGCCAGGCGGCACGGUUCGGCCUCUGUGGAGAACGUGUCUGUGGUGAGGAACAGCGAAGGAUCAGAUGAAGAGUACAACAGUCCCAUGUGUAGGGAGACGUCGGCUGGCUUUCAGAAUGGACUCAACUACAUUGCCUUAAACUUGAUGGAUGAGGGACUUGCCAGCUGCGAUUCUCUUGUCAGAUUCAAAGCUGCCAGCUGCUGUAAAGAGGGCAUCAAUGGAAUACAUGUCAGUCCAUAUGCCAGCCUUGGGUUCAAGGAGACCGCAACAAUAGUAAAAGACUAAACAGAGCCAGUCUCCUCAGUCAAGCUCCUUCAAACCUUCUAUUUUUCUUUUUGCGUCGUUCACAAUGAGAGGAAGUGAGGAGGCGAUUGUGUGGACAGAUGGACCACAUUGCUGCUGCUUCAGCCCUCAGCUGAUCUUUGACCCCCCGAAAUGCAUUCGAAUGGCCGUCGUCAAGGCAACAUGGACACUUGACCCCGGCGCAAGGUGUGACAAUGUGUCUCCGACUCACAGAUGCUGAGAGAUGGGACUUCCUGUCCAUCUGUUACUCACUACAAUCUCUUCCCUCUGUAUGCUGAAUUUUUGUGUUCUGGACCUUUUCACUGGUUUAGUUAAGAGCUCUGGACUUGGAGUGGCCAGUGUCCCUCAACCCUCAAAACCUGUGAACGAAACCUGGAGAGAAACAUCUGAUAUGCACACACACACUCACACGCACACACACACCUGUUGCACAAGUCACUUAUUUAUUUACCUGUGUGCAUAUGUGUGUGUGUAUGGGAGUGUCUGUGCGCACAUGGGUGGUCUCAACACCGCACAGAGGUGGCAUUUCAGAAAUUCGCUUAACAAUUAGAACAUAAAAUAACCAGUCACAUGAAAACCCUACCUCAGAACGAGCCAGGUUAUGACUUACAAAAAUAUAUAUAUUAAGAAAUUAAUUUAUUUUUACAAGUGAAUGUUUUCUUAAACACCAAUCCAAAGCCUUACUGACUAUACUGUCGAACAGUGUUUUCUCGGAUGACAUUAUGGACCUGUAUACACUCACAUAGUAUCAAAGAGAACUGUUUGCCAUGGAAACUGAAUGUCUUGUACUGCAGUGGAAGAAAUUCUUGCCUGCCACAUGUCGUGGCUUCCCCUGCAAUCAAAGAUCUUAUAUAUUAUGAUUUGUAUUGUUAUUUUGCAUUCUACACAGAUAUUUAAAUUAUUUUAAUAUAAUAAUAUUUAUCUGAGCUGGUAAAGGACCGGAUGGGCAGCAUAUGCAAAGCAGGCUUCUAGAGUUGUGGAGUUAUCAGUUUGGAACGAAGCCACACGCGAUUAACACACAGCACCCAUAUGCUACAUGUACUAUAUGAAUGAUGUUGUGCGCCUCAGGUCAGAUAGAGGAACACCUCACCAAGCCUAGGCACGCUAUCACACUUUAACCCACUGUCUUUAACCUUAAAAUGUUAGUUCAGCCAAAAAUGAAAAUUCUGUCAUUUAAUCACUCUCAUGGUUUCCAAACAUGAAUGAGUAAAUGAUGACAGAAUGUGUGGUUGAACUAUCCCUUUAACAACCCAGAAGUUUUGCUGAUAUGUCCUCUUUCACCACUAAUAUCCCACUCUGAAAACACUGCCUUUCCUUUUGCCUUACAUCUGCACCCACCGAUGUGGUGUUUAAUACAGCAACUGCUCCACUGAUUAGCUGAUCGGCAAGCGGGUGAUGAGUGAAAGUGAGUGAUGUCUCCAAAGGCUUAACACCAUUACUGCUGCUCCCUACUGUCGGACAGGGAUAGACUCUUCUUCAGAACCAAUGCUUUUGUCUUGCACUUACAAACUCCCUAGAUUGUAACACAAGACACUUUUGAAUGUAGAGUAUUCUGGAGAUCUCCACAGGAGAUUAUAGACAUGCCUAAACAUUCACAAACAGACUGAUAUUGACAAAUUAACCCCAGCAAGUGAAACAAGUACAUAACACACAACCUGACUUAUAUGAAAAACAUUUGCCUAGAAAGGUGUAAAUAAUGAAUAAACAGAUUGCAACAGACGUUUUUAAGUUAAAGAUUGGAUAUGUCUUAUUUGUAUAUAUUUACUAUGUGUUUCAAUGAAUUUUCCCCAAACAACUAAAGCACUAAUGAAGGUACUCGCCAAAGGCUGAACUUUGGCCUGGGAGUUUUCUUUUCUAAUUCUUCAGUAUGUUUGUAAAAGUAUGUACACUGUACAAUAAAUGCCACUUCAAGGAUAUUUGAUAUGCUAUGAUAUAAAAAAAAUAAAAAAACAUGAAAAAAUGAAUUCAUUGAAUAAUACUUGAUAUUACAAAAGUAAAACUUGCUACAUAGGUACAAAUUCACAAACGGCAUAUGCAAUAUUUACAUUUUUUUAAAGAUUAGUUUACAGAAAGGAACCAAAUGUAUAAAUACUGUGUUAAUAUAUUUAAAACCUUAAGAAAGUUUUUGCUGUACAUAUGUUUUCCUGCCCAUUUUAAAUGGAAAAGUGUUUUUUUUUUUGUUUGUUUGUUUUUUGUUUUUUUGCUAUUAAAUCCUAACAGUAAUUUCAGCAGUGUUCUUAUGCGGAUGCUGUUUCACAGUAUGGAAGGGUUGAAUAUUUCAAUGCCUGAUUGAGUUUUUCCUGUGUCUUCCAUUGUAAAUACUUCAUAUUCUUUGCAUUGUGAUGCUACUUCAAAAUGAUAAUUUAAACUUAGUGUAAUUAGCAUUGCUUUAGAAACUGUAUUGAUUCUGAAUAGCCUCAUGCAAUAAAAAGUAACAUUAUU